AUGAGUGCAGCAACUAUUCCCGAUCUUAUGCAGUUCAAUCCCCACAUGGUGGCUUACCAACUCACCCUCAUCGAUUCCGCCAUCUUCCGUGCCAUUCCCCAAACCGCCCUACUGUCUCAUUCUCCAAAGUCACCCCAUCCAUGCAUAGUUGCCUCCACAGAUUUCUUUAAUUACUUUACCCGCGCAAUCGAACACUCGAUUCUCUUACCACAAGAGGCCUCUAGGCGCGCAGAGCUGGUCAACCGCUGGAUCAAGAUCGCAUCCUACUGUCUCAAACUCUUGAACUUCCAGACCCUCAAGGCAAUCGUGUCUGCCCUUCACUCGCCGCCCGUCAGCAGGCUGCGACGCACCUGGGAGUGCAUUCCAAAGAAAAGAAUGCAAAGGCUGGACUUUCUGCAC